CGUAAACUUGUCAACCCCUUUUCCUGGUUGCCUUUUUUGUCCCUUCAUCGUUCACUCAUUGCGAUCAAUUUCUUUCAAUUUCUUUUCAACUGGCCCUAGUCACUCGUUCUAAUCUUCCAGCAAAAUGGCCUCCGUCACUACCAUCUUCCGUCUCUUCGCGCUAUCUGCAGCUUUGGGUCAGGUGACUGCUUCCUUCAGCCUCAAUGUCUCUGGUCCGAAUUGGGACUACACGACCAAGGAUUUAGCAGAUACGACCUCACAGGUUUGCAAGGAAGCCUACAGUGCCAGCAUCAAUUGUGAUGAAACCUUGCUCAAAAUCGUCGCCUCCAUGGAUCCUGACUUCAAACCGCAAUCUUCGGACUUGGAAGCUAUGUGCACCACGACAUGCAGUGAUUCCUUGUCCCAGUAUGUCAAGAAGGUCAAGGCUGCUUGUGGCCUCCAUAGUGACCUUGCUGGUGUAGCGAGCGGGAAUCAGGAAAUUUAUCAGGCUCUUGUGGCCACGGUGGGCGAGGUUUUCCAGUACAAAUACGGCCAAUCGUGUGCCAAGAAUGGGUCUGAUUACUGCUACUUGACCUAUCCCAAGAGCGACGAUUGGGCCAGAACCGAGUUCCCCUGUACCGAUGAGUGUGCAGUCAAAUUUUACCAAAAUGCACACGAGCAACGGGGCUCGGCAUAUUUCUUCAACUACUUUGCGCUUUGUAGACAAUCGUCAUACUGGGAGCAAACAUUUGCCGGUGGUUGGGAAACGGUGGUGCAAUGUGGCGACGGUGGAAACGAUGUUAGCUCUGUCAGCACCAGCACAGAGGGAAGUUCGACAAAAGUUGAUGGCGUGAUCUCAUCAUCGACCAGCUCUUCUACGACCUCAACAGCAAGUGCAUCAGCAACAACUUCCGCUCCGGUUCGGUCUAGCUCUGGGACUGCUUCGCCCACAGCCACCAGCGGUGCUUUGAAGCUCAGAGCCCCCUUCGUCUUCAAUCUUUGGGCAUGAACGCUCAAUUCGAUAUUUUGGGCGUAUUGCUUGGAAUCUCAGUCAGGACUCGCUUAGCGGUAGCGAACGCCUUACUUCUCCAGUCAGAGAUUCUCGUUAUCCAAACGGUCGAUGUCUCAAGCCGCCUUCAGUGUCUCGUCCGCACAGCUGACGAUAAUCUUCUCUAUCCGGUCCCAGGUCUCGUUAACCAUGUCUGACACUUGACGGAAACCCGCCAGGCAGUUUCGUUUUCAGUACGGAUCAGAUGGACGGGUGAUGCUUUUGAUCGUAAAAUCGGACUGGAUCCUAUCUGUCUACUCACCUCUGAGAGACGGGCGCUGAAGAGGUGAGCUAGUCAAGGCUACCUGGUUACUUGAGCGAACUAGACCAGCGAAUCCGUCAGCAAAACCUCUGGAAUGGGUCAAGUUGGCAAAAAGGAGGCUUAAAAUGGGGUCAAGAGGAACCGUUUUCAGCGCCUGAUUUUACGUUACUAUCCACCCGUAUAUUUACUGUAUAUGUGUUCGGUCAGCUAUCUCUAAUACUCCUUUUUUUCGUCUCCUUGACACCAAAGAGUCAAACUUCUAGAAAGUCGGCCGCUAUCAAGAAUGGUGCCUCAGGCACGCUACUGCC